AUGUCAUUUUCAAAUACCACUUUCAACAAUGCUAAUAAUUAUACUAUUCUAAGUAAUGGGAUAACAUUACCAUCAGAAAAACAAACACUAUCAGAAAUUAUUGACAAAGCAAAAGAUUGGGCAGUAAAUCACGGAGUUGCAAAGCGUGCAGAAAAUGAUUCAGAAUUCGUAACUUUUAUACCUUUUUUAUUGUUACCGUCACCAUUCCCGCGCUGCGAAUUUGAAAAAGCGAUUGCAUUACAACCAAUUUUAAAUGAAUUACUGCAUAAUGUGGCUCAUGAUUAUGAAUUUUUAAAAGAUUCCUUAAAGGAUACGAUCAAGGCAGAUGAAUUUACAAGAAAUUUAUAUGAAAUUUAUGAAAUUAUUCAUAAAGAAGGAGCUACACAGGAUAUAUCAUUAGGAUUAUUCCGUACGGAUUACGUGAUGGAUGUCAAUUCAUUUUCUAAUAUUAAGCAAAUUGAAACAAAUACAAUUUCAUGCGCUUUUGCAUCUCUAGCUCAAAACACGUACCGUUUACAUAAAUAUGUGCUAACAGAAAUGGAACAUCAUGAAAAACUAAAAAAUUUACCCGAAAAUAAUGCUCUAACGGAAACAAUAAUAGGCUUAAUAAAAGCAUGGGAAAUAUAUAAUAAUAAUAAAUCUGCUAUUUUAUUUGUUAUUAAUGAAUAUUCGAAAAAUACUUAUGAUAUUCAUUUUCAUGAAUAUGAAAUUAAUAACUUAAAUCGGGAUUUAAAAGUAAUACGUCGCACAUUAACACAAAUUGCGGACACUGCAAAAUUAGGUCCAGAUAAACAAUUAAUAAUCGAUGGUUUUGAAAUCGCUGUAGUGUAUUAUCGAACAGGUUUUAUUCCGGAACAGUACAAUUCAAAAAGAGAAUGGGAUGCAAGAUUAUUAAUGGAACGGUCGUUAGCUAUCAAAUGUCCUUCAAUUCAAUAUCAAUUGGCGGGUACUAAAAAAAUACAGCAAGUAUUGGCACAACCAAAUGUUUUAGAGAAAUUUAUAAAAUCACCAAAAACGAUUAAAUCCGUAAGAGAAACAUUUACUGGUUUAUAUUCCUUAGAUUUUGAUGAAUACGGUGAACAAGCUGUUAAUAUGGCAUUGGAAAAUCCUGAAAAGUAUGUUUUAAAAUCGCAACGUGAUGGUAUAGGUAAUAAUAUUUUCGGGGAAAAUAUUCGUGAUUUUUUGAUACAUACUAAAGAUAAUAUUGAUCGUGCUGCAUGGAUAUUAAUGAAUAGAAUAUUUUCACCAGUUGUUCAAGGUUUCUUGAUUCAAUCAGAAAGGAUGGGAAUUGUAGAUUUAACAUCUGAACUAGGCAUAUAUGGGGUGAUCAUCGGAAAUUCAAGUGAGAUUUUGUGUAACAAACAAUCUGGUUAUAUGCUACGAAGUAAAUUUGCGGAAGCUAAUGGAAUUGGAGUUAUUAGAAUAAAAAAUGGAGGUAUUGACACUCCUUAUUUGACUUAGAGUAUAUGGUCAUUAAGGUAGUAAACAGUA